GCAACACACAACAUUCCUUCCACACUAUCUACCCGCUUACCUCGUCUACCUCAACACUCGACCUUUUCUUUCUCCUGCUAAUUUUUACUACCCCUCGAGAACUCCAUUCUUUAAAACAUGUGGAUGAUAAAUUGGUUCUGGGAUGUUCUCGCCAGUCUAGGACUCAUGAACAAGCAUGCGAAGCUUCUAUUCCUAGGUCUUGAUAAUGCUGGAAAGACUACGCUUCUUCAUAUGCUUAAGAAUGAUCGUGUGGCUAUUCUGCAGCCUACUUUGCAUCCCACCUCGGAGGAGUUGGCCAUUGGCAACGUCAAGUUCACAACCUUUGAUCUUGGUGGGCAUCAGCAAGCUCGCCGUCUUUGGAAGGAUUACUUCCCGGAGGUAUCUGGAAUAGUCUUCCUGGUCGAUGCUAAAGACCAUGAGCGUCUCGCCGAAUCUAAGGCCGAACUUGACGCUCUUCUCUCGAUGGAGGACCUAUCCAAGGUUCCGUUCCUCAUUCUCGGAAACAAGAUUGAUCAUCCCGAGGCUAUUUCCGAGGACGAGUUGAGACACCAACUCGGACUAUAUCAGACCACUGGCAAGGGAAAGAUCCCGUUGGACGGAAUUAGGCCUAUUGAGGUCUUCAUGUGCUCGGUUGUUAAGAGGCAAGGUUACGGAGAAGGGUUCAGAUGGAUGUCCCAGUAUGUCUAAAUCAGCACAAUAGCGCCGGUUGCCGGCGGUCUUGAGGGGAAGGAGUAGAUUGAAGACAGAUAGGAAUGAAGGGCAAAAAUCAAAACUUUCUUUUCCAA